GAAGUGGAAGGCAUUCUGGGUAAUUCGCUGUUUACUUCCUGCGGCUGAGGAAUCCGUGGCCCCGUCCUUUGCUGUUCUUUUGUCGGAGAGGAUGGCCCUGGAGACGGUGCCGAAGGACCUGCGGCAUCUGCGGGCUUGUUUGCUGUGUUCGCUGGUCAAGACUAUAGACCAGUUUGAGUAUGAUGGUUGUGACAAUUGUGAUGCAUACCUUCAGAUGAAGGGUAACCGGGAGAUGGUAUAUGACUGCACCAGCUCUUCCUUUGACGGAAUCAUUGCGAUGAUGAGUCCAGAGGACAGCUGGGUCUCCAAGUGGCAGCGAGUCAGUAACUUUAAGCCGGGUGUUUAUGCAGUGUCAGUCACUGGUCGCCUUCCCCAAGGAAUCGUGCGAGAGCUGAAAAGUCGAGGAGUGGCCUACAAAUCCAGAGACACAGCUAUAAAGACCUAGCAAGAUGCAUGGCUACCAUUGUCUUUCCUCCCCACCUCCUGCAUCUGCUAAUUUUUUGUUACGGAACUAAAUGGACAGAACUUCAGAUACUCCCCACCCUCCAACUCUGAGACUCGGCGGACUGUUGAGAGACCACAGCGUGUCUCUGAGCCAUUUUACCUUUGGAUUGCUGCUGGGGCUGGGGCUGGGGGUGGGGGGUUUGGGCUGGUGGAUUAACAGAGACUGAAUUGAAUGGGGGGUAGGAGACCCAGUCUGUGCCCUUGCCCAUGGGUAGGACUCUGGGUCAAAUGCCAAAUAAACGUGAACCCCUAGGAAAGUUCUUAAGCCCAUGACAGAUGCCUUGCCUCUUUUCUACCUGGACACAGGAAGAACUCACUUAACCCUGUAAGCACUUUCCCGGAGCAGUAGAGGCCCUCCUGCUCCCCGUUACCCAUCUUUCAGCCUUCCGGGGUUACAGCCUUUCCAGUGUGCUUCCUUGGGUCUUGUUGGAAGGUCUGCUGUCCUGAGUCUAGGCAGCCCCAUCAAGCUGGUAGUCCCGGUGUCUGGGGGUUGCAGACUUGCUCUAGACCUGGCACAGCAAGUGUCUUUUGAAAGAAAGCCUGAGGCUUCUCAGUAUUCUUUGCCUGUUGACCAUAUUUAAUACUCUUCCCCCCUCUCCCUUUUUUUCUUCUUUUUACCACUCUUCCUCUGUCUUAGGCCAGUCAGUGGUAUUCAUGACCCUCGCUUACCCACCUACACACAUUCUGCUGCAUUUCCUCUAACUGGAGACCCUCAGGUGGCUGCUGGGCCUUCAUCCGGUUAGAUUAUGCCUUUGUAGGGCAUAAACUCCUUUCCCCCUCUGGCCUAGUAGGGGGUUUUGAUAUCAGGUUAUUGGUCAAGGUGAGUUGUUUUAGAAUGAAAAAUUUACCAGAAAUUCUUUCUUACUUAAAUCUCCACAAAGAAUCCUAUUAAUAUCCCCAUAUUGAUUUUCUAGGUUUCUUGUUCUCCAUCUAUAAAACAACGAUAACACUGCCUGUUUACCUUAGUAUUGAUUAUAAAAACGAAGCAAUGUGAAAAUUCUAGAACUUAGGUUUUAUGAAAAGUAAAAUUCAUUUACUCUUUUUAUUAGCCAUUCUUUUUUUUUUUUUUUUUAAAGAUUUUAUUUAUGUAUUUGACAGACAGUGAGAGAGGGAACACAAGCAGGGGGAGUGGGAGAGGGAUGAGCAGGCUUCCCGUCAAGCAGGGAGCCCGAUGCGGGGCUCGAUCCCAGGACCCUGGGAUCAUGACCUGAGCCGAAGGCCGAUGGUUAACGACUGAGCCACCCAGGCGCCCCUUUAUUAGCUAUUUUUUUUUUUUAAUUUUUUUUUUUUUUUUUUAGGAUUUAUUUGACAGAGCAAGAAUGAGAGGGAGUACAUGAGGGGGGGGAGUGGGAGAGGGAGAAGCAGGCUCCCCGCUGAGCAGGGAGCCCGAUGCGGGACUCGAUCCCGGGACUCCAGGAUCAUGACCUGAGCCGAAGGCAGUCGCUUAACCGACUGAGCCACCCAGGCGCCCCUUUAUUAGCUAUUCUUUACAGUAUGUGCACGGUUAACCAAACAGUGGGAGAAAUGCCCAGAAUCAGCACUGCAGAAUGAGCUCGACUCGUUAGCAGAGGUGUGUACACUAGGGCUUUGUGUCUCUUCGCCACCUGGUGUUGCUAGUGAGUCAGUGUCCCUGUUACCUGUGGCCUGGAGUGUGUGGGAAGGAGGGAGAGGUGCUGAUUCUCCCGUGACCCCCUCCCACCCCUGUCCUUGUACGCUCAUAGGCCCAUAGGAAGGAAGCAGGGAGUGGCCCAGGAUGCUCAUGUCACUCACAGAUCCUCCUCAAACCAGAACCUUCAAGCUCUGAGGGAAUGGUCCAUCAGCCCCAGUUUCAGCUGAGUUUUUAAAGGCUUUCCUCAGCCCAGCAAACUGAAAGAGCACAAGGGGUGGUGGUUUCUGUUCAAUUUCAAUCUGAAAGGAUCCUCGGGAAGUAGCCCCAGCAGGCCAGCCUUACGUUCUGGAGGGAAGGUUCUGGAGGGAAGAAGCGGGUUUCGGCAAGAGUGCCUAGGCCAGGCAGCCAACACCCCACUUUCACUGGCUUUUCUCAAAAAGUCCCUUGGAAAUCCCCAGCUGCUGUCCUGCGUGUCUGACCCGGACGUGGCUGCUCGGUGAGAAUGGAAACAGUUGUGGGGAGGGGAGGCAAGAGGAGCUGUGCGCAAGUAACCACACAGGCUGCGUCGGCGCUGAGCUGAGCCCUAACUGUUAGCCUCGCAGGAAGCGAAAGACACGGGCCCGCUGGUUGUGGGGGAGGGGUGCCCAGUCGGCGGCACCGGAUUUCACAGACUCGGUGCCAAGUGGGCUCGGCCUGGAAGCCGCCCCUCGGUUCGCUUUCUGGCUUUUUCUGGUCCUGGAAGCUGCUCUGGUGCCGCUCGGCAGCCCAGACGGGCCGUAAGGUGCUAGAGUCCACCUGGUGUGGGGAGCCCGAAGAGACUGAAGGAGGGGCUGCUGGUUCUUCACGGCUCCCCGUGAGGAGGCGGAGCGAUAUGGACGAGGAGGUCUCGGCUGCCACUGCCCUGCGUGGCACGUCCCUGAGGGCCAUGCCCUGCUCCUUGUGCCUGUCAGACGUUCAGGCCCGGUCUGACCACGGAGGCCCCACAUCUACCCAGGGUCUUGGUCUCCUGCUCAGUCGUUUGGCUUCUGCACCUCAGAAAGGCAAGGCUCCUCCUCCCUAGUUCCACAAUGACAGCUGCGAGUCAGGCUAGUGACCGGGCUGCCUUCCCCUUGUCUGCUUAUUCCUCAUUCUCUUCUUCUUACCCACCACUGCCCGUGGGGUUAAAAAACACACUCCGUGGCAGUUCAUUGCUGAAUGCAGCCUCCAUUCCUGGGCAGUGAUUGAUGGCUGAUGGAACAUUCUGGUUUUGGAGGGAAGCUGUUUCAGAAGAGUAAUGGGGAUGAGCUGGGGAGGAGUAAGCUCAGGCUGGGCGCUUUAGGUUUGGCCUCGUUUCCUCUGGGCAUGGCCACUACCUUCUCACUCCAGGCCUGUCUAUGACCUGCCAUUCAAUCCUCAUGUACCCUCCCUGACACCUGAUCCUGUGAGUGUGUGUAAGAGACAGGUAGGUAAUGUUGAAGAACAGACUAGUAUCUUACUUUGGAAGUCUGCUUCAUGUUUAUCAGUAAAACCUUUCAUUUAAAUGGCAUUUUACAGUUGACAAAAGGGCUUUCAUGUCCAUUAUCUUAUUUGAUCCUCACAAAACCCCUACGUCAUAGUCAACAUCCUUACGGAGUGAAGAGACUGAGGGUCAAAGUUAAAGUGAUUUGGCCAUGAUCAAGAAGUAGAGCCUGAAAUCAAGAAAUACGUUGCUCACACCCAAUCUGGGGCUGCUAACUUCUUCCAACAUAGUUAUCCCCGGAUGCGGUGGGCUUGCUCCCUUCGUGAGGAUUCCACAGAACCAGCAUGAGGCGUUAGUUUAUUGCUGAGUGAGAGUUACAUGUCCCUAUACACUGAGUCCCCCGAACACCCUAUGCCUACCACUUACAUCUCUAGUCCCCAAGUCCACAAUUACCCAAAGAGAGGUCGACAGUGUGGGGAAAGGGUCCAGGGAGGUGAUCCUUGGGAUUUACUCAAGGAUCCCCAUGCAGGACAUUGGGAAACUGGUCCAGCCCUCCUCUAGUUCCCACCUGGCGGCAUCUUCUUUUCUACUCUAGCAGUUCUUAGGUAUCUGCUGACCUGUGCCCCGUACUCCCCAACCUCUUCUGUUUUUUUCCUACUCACCACCUUUUGCAGCCCAAUUAUGGCACCUUCACACUCCACUGGAACACAGACUUGUGAUGAAAAUAUACAUACAUAUCCAAUUAGGGGCAUUGCCCCUGCCUCCCAGUCACUUUACUGCUCUAAAACAGUUUCCUCCCUAUAAAAUGCAGCUGACAAAACUCUGCAGGAUAGUGGCUACCCGUGACGGGUGGGGGUGGAAAAGGAGAUAUGAGGGGAUCCUGAGGUUAUAGUCUGUUUCUUGCUCUGGAUGCCAGGUACAGAGGUUCGUUCACUUUCUGAAGAUUUAUUGAGUUAUACACUCACGAUUUGCUCACUUUUCUAUUUGUAUGCUAACCUCAAAUAGAAAGUUCACUUAAAGACACAGCGGUCCUGUCUUGGGAUCGUUGUGAGAAAUACAUUAGUUUAUGUAAAAGCAAUCGGAGAGCUGUACACUAUUACGUGUAUCUAGGGAAUCACAUUUAUCCAAAGUUGUCCACCUCUAGAUAAGUUCUAGGUAAGUGUAGCAAGAAUGGCAUCCCUAUAGUAUUGUUGGACAAUGGAUGUUCCAAUACAUCUAUCAUACAGAAAUACAUCACAAUGGACACAUUUUCCUUUAAGCACCGUGGCUUUUAAUUUUAAUCUCUCUGUUCUCUUGUUUUUUUAUGACAUAUGUUGUUGUUGUUGUUUUCUAAUAUGUACUUCCUUGCUAUUUGGAAACAAGAUUCUGGAUGUGAUUUAACCUC